AUGCAUAUCUCAGAGAAGCUGGCGGCUGCCCAUGCCAAGGGCCAGCACACAUGCUCCUUCGAAUAUUUCCCGCCGAAGACUGCCCAAGGUGUGCAGAAUCUGUACGACCGUAUGGAUAUGAUGCACGCGCUGGGACCGGCUUUCAUUGAUAUCACCUGGGGCGCUGGAGGACGUCACUCUUCGCUGACUUGCGAGAUGGUGAAAGUGGCGCAAUCAGCCUACGGACUGGAGACAUGCAUGCAUCUCACAUGCACGGACAUGGAGAGGAGUAAGAUUGACAACGCAUUGCAAGAAGCAUACAAGGCGGGAUGUACGAACAUUCUGGCCCUCAGAGGUGAUCCGCCUAGAGAGCAAGAAAAGUGGGAGGCCAAGGAUGGCAAUUUCCGAUAUGCUUUGGAUUUGAUCAAGUACAUCAAGAAGACGUACGGCGGCCAUUUCGACAUUGGCGUAGCAGGAUAUCCGGAAGGCGUGGAUGACACCACGAGCGCGGACGAGCACAUCAAAUACUUGAAGGAGAAAGUGGAUGCUGGUGGAACAUUCAUUGUCACUCAAAUGUGCUACGAUGCCGACAUUUUUAUCGACUGGGUCAAGAAGGUGCGCGCUGCGGGCAUCCCGGAAUCCGUACCCAUCAUUCCAGGAAUCAUGCCAAUCUCGACAUAUGCAGCAUUUUUGAGGCGAGCAAACUGGAGCAAAGCCCGCAUUCCUCCUCAAUGGCUUGAGGUGCUUGAACCGAUUAAGAACGACGACAGCGCGGUUCGUGACGCCGGCUGUGACCUCAUUGUAGAGUUCUGCCGGAGACUCAUGGACUCUGGCAUCAUGCACUUGCACUUCUAUACCAUGAACCUGGCAGCUGCAGUCAGAAUGGUGCUGGAGAAACUUGAUCUGACACCUCCUGCCGAAAGUCCGCAUCCAGACAUCAAGCCUCUGCCAUGGCGUCAAUCGUUGGGACUCAACAGACGAGACGAGAACGUCCGACCCAUUUUCUGGAGAAAUAGAAACCGGGCGUAUGUUGCACGUACUCAGGACUGGGAUGAAUUUCCGAACGGACGUUGGGGUGAUAGCAGAUCGCCUGCUUUCGGUGGCCUCGACGAGUACGGCAUCGGCUUGAAGGGCACCAAUGAGAACAAUCGCAAGAUCUGGGGUGAGCCGAAGACCAUCAAGGACAUUGUGAAUUUGUUCGUUGGUUACAUGCGUGGUAAAGUCGAAAGCUUGCCUUGGUCAGAAGCGCCAAUCAACGAAGAGGCCAACACUCUGGUCAAUGACUUGGUCGCCCUCAAUAGCCGCGGACUCUUGACCAUUAACUCGCAACCUGCUGUAGAUGGCGUCAAGUCCUCUCAUCCAGUCUACGGCUGGGGUCCGAGAAAUGGCUACGUCUAUCAAAAGCAGUACCUUGAGGUUUUGGUCUCACCAGACCUCAUUGGCACGGUAAUCCGGCGCAUGGAGCAGGACCCAGACAUCACGUACUACGCAGUGAACUGCAAUGGCGAGCUCAAGACCAAUGCUCCCACCGAUGGAGGGCCCAAUGCUGUCACUUGGGGCGUCUUCCCUGGCAAAGAGAUUGUGCAGCCGACAAUUGUUGAGACAGUAUCCUUCCUCGCAUGGCGCGAUGAAUUCUACCAUCUCGGUAUGGAAUGGAGCAAGUGCUAUGAAGAAGGCAGUGAAAGCAGGAAGCUGAUCAAGGAAAUCACACAAAGCUGGUUUCUGGUCAAUAUUGUUCACAACGACUUCCGCCAGCAGCAAGGCAUCUUUCCCAUUUUUGAUGGACUCAAGGUGUCAGGCCUUGACGAAGUCGCAUACACAAAUGGCGUGAAUGGCAUGAAUGGUUUCAACGGCGUCAGUGGACACACACACAACCACGAGAAGCCUGCGACCAAUGGCGUUCCGGAUGGCAACAACGUCGUGAACGGCGCAGAUAAGGCGAGCUCCAACAGCACGCUGAAGCAUUAG